CAGAAUUAUUGUUGAAUAUGGAAAAGAGUACAAAGGCAAAACUUUAUUCAGAUCCACUUAAGCUAAUGAAAGUUGCACGAAUAACACAUACACUCAACAAAAUCUUACAUGCGGUGGCUCACUUUCAAUGUCAGGAAGAAUUCUUUGAUUCUGUUGUUCGUGGAUAA